AAUAGUAAGUUACAAGCAGCUGUUGAUCAAGUAGUCAAAGAUUUUGCUAUAGAUAAGCAAUUUCUUGUUGGAGCUACUGAACAAUUUGUGAAAUCAAUGGAUGAAGGUUUGAAACAUUCUGCUUCUGCUAAAGAGUAUAUGCCAAUGAUUCCAACUUUUGUAACUGGAAUCCCAACCGGUAAAGAAACUGGAUUAUAUUUGGCUGCUGAUUUAGGUGGUACUAAUUUCAGAGUUUGUUCAAUUAAGUUGAACGGUGAUCAUACUCAUGAAUUGAAACAAUCCAAGUUUAAAAUUCCUCUUGAUUUAAUGAAGAAUUCAACUGCUGAUGCUUUGUUUUCUUAUUUGGCUAAAAAAGUGGAAGCCUUUUUGGAUGAACACCAUAAAGAAUAUUCGGCAAACACUAAUGGUUCUUUGAAAUUGGGUUUUACCUUUUCUUUCCCAGUUGAUCAAACCGCUUUGAAUAGAGGUAAAUUGAUUCGUUGGACUAAAGGUUUUGAUUUACCUGAUUGUGUGAAUAAAGAUGUUGUUGAAUUGUUACAAACUCAUAUCGAUCUUUUGGGGGUUAAGGUGGAUGUUGUGGCCUUGGCUAAUGAUACCGUUGGUACUUUAUUAUCAAGAGCUUAUUCUAAUAAUGAAGCAAAAACUCAUGCUAAUACUGUUCUUGGUUGUAUCUUUGGUACCGGUACUAAUGGUGCCUAUUUUGAAAAAUUGUCUAAUAUUUCAAAAUUAGAUCUCACCACUGUUCCAAAAGGUGCUACCGGUAUGGUUAUUAAUACUGAAUGGGGGUCAUUUGAUAAUACUUUGAAAGUCUUACCAAAAACCAAAUACGAUGACAUUGUUGAUAAAGAAACUGCUAAUCAAGGUUACCACUUGUUCGAAAAAAGAAUUAGUGGUAUGUUCUUGGGUGAAUUAUUAAGAGUCAUUUUAAUUGACCUUUUCGAACGUGGCUUUAUUUUUACUGAAUUGUUUGAAUCAAGACGCGGCUCAUUACCUCACCGUUUAUCUGAACCUUGGUUAUUGGAUUCAGAAGUUUUAUCCUAUUUACAAAUUGAUGAUUCAACUGACUUGAAAAUGUCCCAAUUAGUUUUGGAAAAUCACUUGAGAUUACCAACUACAAGAGAAGAAAGAUUGGUUAUUCAAAAAAUUACUCAAGUCGUUUCUCAUAGGGCCGCCUAUCUCUCUUCCAUUCCUAUUGCAGCAAUUGUUGGCCGUGUUAAAGACCAAUAUAAAAACGAUGAUCGUAACUUCGAAAUUGGUUGCGAUGGUUCAGUGGUUGAAUUUUAUCCUGGUUUCCAAGAGAAAAUCUUGGAAGCAUUCAAUUUAAUCAAUCCUUUGGAAGGAACUAACAAAAAAUUAAGUUUGAAAAUCGCCAAAGACGGCAGUGGUGUUGGUGCUGCUUUAUGUGCUAGUGUUGCUAUUUAAUGCGAUUAUUUAUCAAUCUUAGACUUGCUUUAGAAUUAAUAAAAUAAAAGA